AUGUCUCCCUCUAAGACUUCCGGCCAGUACCACGAGAAGAAGGGCGGCAUCAAGGAGACAAUCGGCAACACCCUUGGUCUCGGUGGUACUGCCAGCGCUGGCCAGACCGAGCGCCACCAGGGCCGCGGCGAGUACGACGCCUCGCGCGCUGAGGGCUGGACGGAGGGCACCGGCGACCGCGUCACCGGCAAGAAGGAUUCUGUAGUCGGCUCUGUAACCGGCGACCGCAGUCAGCAGCAUGCUGGCGAGGCUCGCGAGAACAAGGGCGACUGGAAGCAGACCAUCAACCGCCAUCUGUAG